AUGAUCACCUUCGGUGUUUCAGUUCCUGGUAAUGGGAAAGACGUGGUCUCGGGCUAUCGUUUGUUCAGGUACCAGGAUGAUGCGUUAACACCAAUGCCGAUAACCUCAGACAAUGCUACAGACCACAAUGAGAUGAUCCAGAAGUUUUGUUACCUGCGGCCGCGAGACAGGCUGACGAUACCCGAGUGCCAAAAUGGUGGGCUCAUGGACUCCUCGGACUACUUGCUUGUGGCAAAAUCCAACGGGAUUAUAGAGAUAUUCAGGGACUACCAAUACAGGGUGAGCCAGAGACUACAGCUGAAGCCAAACUUUGUUCUGACAUGCCUACCGGUGGCGCACGAACGUAACACGCUCGACUUGACGAUAGCAGGCCUGGAGUUUAAAGACGGGUUACUUUACUGCUGCACGAAGGACGGGGACUUAUACAUCUUUAUUCUGAACCUGCCGAACGACUACAUACAAGAGGAGAAUAUCUACAACCCGAUGGGAAUGCCGGACCUCUUUGAGAUUGCGGCGCCCAACAUCCGAGAUACCAGCAGGCUGGAGGAGGGCAUUCUCUUCGUGUACUCGAAAUUCACUGGACGCACAAAGUUACAGCACAUAUGCUACUACUGUCACCCGAUGGGCCAACAAAUCUCAAUAUAUCCCCAGCUUAAAGUGCUAUACCCCAGUAUCCCAUAUUUUAAGCCAUGCAUCUACGUGAACCUCAAGAAGGAAGUGUCCAACUUCCGAAUAAACCCUCUCGAUAGGUUCAGUUUUAUCGCCAUGGCGCCGCGCGUGCCACUGACGAUAUACAAAAUCCACCUGCCCAAGCUCUUCACGGACUUCUUCAUCAAGUUUGUGAAGUUGAAGCGCGCAGUGCUGAAGCGCUCGUCCCAGGAAAUUCAUGAUAUCGAUGAAGCCAGCACCAGCGUCUACCGUUGCAAGUUUCUGGAUUUCCUGCGAUUCGAUUUUCGGGGGAUCCAGACCGAUAUGGACCCUCGUACCUGGAACUCUCUGAUGGCCAACGACUACGUGGCAGAGUUGAAUUGUUCAUGUGUGUGGCGCCAGCGGCAGGGAAAUGUCAAGGAUGACCUAUACAAGCUGUUUCAUCGUCAAGUUGACGUAUACGACGAGGAGCGUGAAAGACCGGCAUCACGCGGCAGUCUCACUGGCUCUAUUGACAGCUCUGCGAGGAGCAGCUCCUUGCGGAGAAGUAUACUCGAGCGGACCAUCGACGCCGUGCCUUGUUACAGCAACUCCGCGACAGACAGGUUUAUCCGAUGUAUACGGCAAAACACCUGCCCGGUCGAUAUACGGAUUGUUAAUACAAAACUAGGUGACGAUCCAAUGUCAUCAACCAAUGAAGAUGACCAUGAUAGCAAUCGGACGUCAUUCCUGACAGAUGACUACAAAGAUAUGGAUAUUAUCACUUUGGACAAGUUUCUUUGUUUGACAGCAUUUCGACCAAAGUACAUUGAUGAACCACUAAUGAAGUUAGAUUCUUUUCAUAGCGUCACCAAGGAUGCUACCAACGCGGAAGCCAGGUGGGCAUUGAUGAAUUUGUCCUCGUUCAAGAAAUUAUUUAUGAUUACAAACUCCAUCUGUAUGAUUUUCGACACCUUUGGUGUGGUGCUGAUCGACCGCUUCAAGGUCGUCAACAGCCAUGACCUUCUGGAAAACGAUCCCGAAGCCUUCAAGAUUAUUGACUUCGAGAUCGGUCUCAUUAACGACAUCGCUGUUGUCAUCACACAUAUCGACAAAUGCCAUGACUGUGGGGGCUCCUACAACAUCGAGUUCAUAGCUAUUGUAACCACUGUCGCUGGGACACUGAGCGCGCUGAAGGGGGAAUUUUAUUGCCACGAACGUCUCGGCAAGAUGCGCUGCAGAGACAAGUUGAAGAUUAACAAGAAGCACAAGUUCUUGGACCAAAUAGUCCUGUUGGACUACGAGCCAUCCCGCAAGCGCGCGAGGGAGCAUAACGCAGAGGACCGCACAAAACGAUCAAAGGUGCAAUAUUAG